AUGAGCGAAUCACCGGCAUGGAGUCGCUUUGUGCGCUUCGUUUCUACAGACAACCGAGAGCUUUGCGGAGAGCCCGAGGAUCCAAGUGUCGAUGUUGGCCUGGCCAUCGCCGCAAAUGAGGAGGUACGGGUCAAGGUCUUGGGUGGUUCAUCUGCUCUCUCAAGCGGCCCAUGGACUGGAGAGGUUGCAGUUGUCAGAAAGCUACUAUCACCAUUAUCCACACAAGAGGUUGGAACAAUUCGUUGCAUUGGGCUGAAUUUCAAAGACCAUGCUGCCGAGUUGAAAUGUCCGCCCCCUAGUGUACCCGAGGUAUUUUUCAAGCCUGCGCAGUGCAUCAACAACCCCUUUGACCCAGUCGUUCUCCCCUCAAGUGCGCCGGCAGCAAUUGAUGCAGAAGUUGAGCUAGCUGUGGUAAUUGGAAGAGAGUGCAAAAACGUGGACACAUCUUCUGCAUUGGACUACGUUCUUGGCUAUACCAUAGCCAAUGACAUUACAGCUCGGGACGUCCAAGCGAGAGUCUCGCAAUGGGGCUAUGCGAAAGGAUAUGACGGCUUUUGCCCACUAGGACCUGUUCUUGUGAGCCCUAAGGCUCCUGGUUUGGAUAUAGAAAAUCUGGACAUGAAGACUAAGUUGGAUGGUCAUGUCCUACAAGACGGAACAUCCUCGCAAAUGAUCUUUUCUGUCGCAGAGAUAAUUUCAUACUUAUCAAAGGAUACCACAUUGCCGGCUGGAACCUUGAUUCUGACGGGAACACCAUCAGGUAUUGGACACAGCUACUCGCCGCCCAGGUACUUGAGGGCAGGAUGCCAUCAACAAAUUAGCAUUAGUUCUGGCUGUGGAACUUUAAUCAACCCAGUUGUCUCGGAUGUAGCUGAACCUAAAUUAUAG